CGAAAAGAAGAAAAGAAAAACAAAAAACUCUUGCCUCUUAUGGGAAAGUAGAGGGGUAGAAGACAGACGCACCAAAGGACAAGUUUCACCUCAUCUUCCCUCCUGCGCGUCAAGAGUUCACCUUGACUCUGACUUAACGGGAAGCUUUUAAAACUUUCUCCAUGAUUGUUUGAGCCGGGCUUCUCGGACCUGUGGACCUUUCACUGCUUGAAGGGCUGUCAACACAAUGGGACGCCUGUCUCUGCUCCUGGUUGUCACUCUCUCCCUACUCACCUGCCAGGUUUUGUGCUCCGGAGUGUUUGAGCUGAAGCUGCAGGAGUUUCUCAACAAGAAAGGGAUAGCGGGGAACGCCAACUGCUGCGCCGGAGGCUCCGCACAUCCGCAGGGCCACCAGCAGUGUGAAUGCAAGACUUUCUUUCGGAUUUGUCUGAAACAUUACCAGGCCAACGUCUCCCCCGAGCCUCCCUGCACCUAUGGCGGGGCUGUGACUCCCGUCCUCGGCUCCAACUCCUUCCAGGUGCCGGAGACCAAUGCGGACAGCUUCACCAACCCAGUCCGCUUUCCCUUCGGGUUCACAUGGCCGGGGACGUUUUCACUGAUCAUUGAAGCUCUGCACACUGACUCCCUGGACGACCUGACAACAGACAACCCAGAGCAUCUGAUCAGCAGGAUCACCACUCAGCGUCACCUCACUGUGGGAGAGGAAUGGUCCAAGGACAUGCAGACAUCUGGAAGAACGGAGCUGCGUUACUCUUAUCGCUUCCUGUGUGACGAGCACUACUACGGCGAUGGCUGCUCUGUCUUCUGUCGGCCACGAGACGAUGCCUUCGGGCACUUUACCUGUGGCGAGCGUGGAGAGAUCAUAUGCAACUCUGGCUGGAAGGGACAGUACUGCACUGAACCAAUCUGUCUUCCUGGCUGUGAUGAAGAACAUGGCUUCUGUGAUAAACCAGGAGAGUGCAAGUGUCGUGUGGGCUUCAGUGGGCGUUACUGUGAUGACUGUAUCCGUUACCCGGGCUGCCUCCAUGGCACCUGCCAACAGCCCUGGCAAUGUAACUGCCAGGAGGGAUGGGGUGGGCUCUUCUGCAACCAGGAUCUGAACUACUGUACACACCAUAAGCCCUGCCUUAAUGGAGCCACCUGUACCAACACUGGCCAGGGCAGCUACACUUGCUCCUGUCUACCUGGAUUCACAGGUGCCAGCUGUGAGAUCCAGGUCAACGAAUGUUCUGGAAACCCCUGUCGCAAUGGAGGCAGCUGCAUGGAUAAUGACAGUGGCUACAAAUGCACCUGCCCACCUGGUUUCUACGGCAACAACUGUGAGUUGAGCGCUAAUACCUGCGCAGAUGGGCCUUGCUUCAAUGGCGGACAUUGUGUCGAUAACCCUGAAGGUGGCUAUUUCUGUCAGUGCCCGAUGGGAUAUGCUGGUUUCAACUGCGAGAAGAAAAUCGACCACUGCUCCUCCAACCCCUGUUUGAAUGGUGCAGAAUGUGUGGAUCUGGUGAACUCCUACCUCUGUCAGUGCCCUGAGGGAUUUUCUGGUCCUAACUGUGAGGACAGCAGCAGCAUCUCUGGAUUCUGUCUGUCCUUCCCUUGUCAGAAUGGCGGGACCUGUCAGGAGGGGGUGAAUGGCUACACCUGUACCUGCCCUCCAGGCUACACCGGCAAAAAUUGCAGCUCCCCCAUCUCCCGCUGCUCUCACAACCCCUGCCACAAUGGAGCCACCUGCCAUGAGCGUGGCGGCCGUUACGUGUGCGCCUGUGUGCCUGGCUAUGGCGGUCACAACUGCCAGUUCCUCUUACCAGAGGCUCCCAGGCUUCAGCCAGUGGUGGAUGGACCGGACCGGCGAUAUUCUUCUGCAGAAAGUGGCAAUGCUCUAGACGAGGAGGAUGACCAUAGCGGAUUCCCGUGGACGGCCGUGUGCGCCGGUGUCUUCCUCGUUCUCGUGAUUCUGAUCGGCUGCUCGGUGCUGGUGGUGUACAUUCGGGUCAAACUGCAAGAGCGGCAGAGUCACAACGGUGACAGUUUCCACAGCGACAGCCAUGAGACCAUGAACAACCUGACAACCACCAACAAUUGUCUGCGCAGUGACAAGGAACUGGGCGCUAUGAUGACCACGUCAGUUAAAAACACCAACAAGAAGGCAGAUUACCAUUCAGACCUCGCAGGGUCGCUGGGUGGUCUGAGUGGAAUCAGUGGACUCAAUGGAUCAGAGAAGAAUGGCUUUAAGACUCGCUAUCCCAGUGUGGAGUACAACCUGGUCCACGAGCUCCGGCCUGAGGAGUUGUUGAUGUGUAAAGAAGAGGAGCACGAAGAACCAGAGGUCAAAUGUGAAAUGCUGGAUGAUUUCGACUCGGAGGAAAUAUACAGGAAGAGACAAAACAGUGAUGCAUCAGAAAAGAAACACGUGGAGGAGUUGCCAAGCUGCAGCGAAGCAAAGUAUCAGUCAUCCAGCGAUCUGAACUAUCACGCAGCAAGUGAUCUUAAAUACCAGUCGACCAGUGAUGUCAAAUGCCAGUCGACCAGUGACGUCAAAUUCCAGUCAACCAGUGAUGCUGAAUACCAAUGUCCCAGUGACAGCAGGUACCAGUGUACCACCGACACCAAAUACCAGUCCGUUUACGUCAUAUCGGACCAGAAAGAUGAAUGUAUCAUCGCUACAGAGGUAUGAUACCAGUACAGACCAGAUCAGACCGGAUUAGUUUCCUCUGGUUUAUGGCGGUCCACACACACCAGUCCUGAGCAGUAGAGCUCAGCUUGUCUCCAGGAGGUUCUACUCCUGCUGUUUGCUGCUGUUCCCGGGGAUUUACCGGAGGACUUUGAGCCAAGGUGCUGCUGAACCAGCACAGAGUCAGUACCAACUUGGCAAGGACUUAGUACUUCUGCGGUACUGCUGGUGAAUACUGGACAUGUAGAUCUAAUGCUGACUCAGUGCUAUGGACAAAGUACCAAAAGACAGUGCUAGCAAUUGUACAAACUUUGUACAGAAACAGUGCUGAAGGAGUACUCGUGCAGUCAAAUGAUGGCUGCUGGAGAACUGAUGAAGAUCACGUUUGAUGUCUGUUGGAGUACUGGAUGAUUGGUAUUACUGCUCAUACCAGGAUGAACUCUUCUCUCCCGAUAAACAGUGAAGUAUUGACUUGGAUGUUGACCGAUGAUAUUGUAGUACCGUGGAGUACUGAUUGAAUGAACAGUGUAGUACCUUUGGAGUACUGAGAACUUUUGAAGUACUGUUGUAGUACUGUUAUGUGCUGUGGUUUUACAAUGCAGUGUAAAAGCUGUCAUGGAUAUUGAACAGUUCAUGUUCUGUGCAGUGCUGCAGAGUAGAUGGUGGCAUUGUAGUAAUGAUAGAAGUGUGUUAGAACUGCAGCUGCUAAGAAUUAAUUUAAAAAAAUCUCAAUUGGAGCUUUCCUGAAAAAAACAAAAAAGAAAUUAAAAUCAGUGGGACUUUUACUCCAGCUAUACAUCUUUAACUCUGCAGCACUGACAGAGACGGUGUUGGCUGAGCUGGUUCUCAGCAGAAAAUCGAGAACUGAAGACUCCAGUAGUGACUGCAGAUUGAUCCAACGUGGAUCCUGUUGGGCCAUACUGGCCUCUGACCCCUGAAGGUUGUGAUACACAGGGCAAUGUUUUGGGCAGGGCAACUCAGGAAACACUUUCAGCACAAAGGGAGACAAACUGAACCAAAUCAGAAAAAAACCCCAUAAAUGUUCAAUAUGUAUUAAUUGAUUUCUGUUGUUCUGUAUCAAAUUCCAUUUGCUGCUUAUCCAUUUACAAAAAAAUACUUAGAAUAGGGGAAAUUAAUGUUGCAUCAAUGAUGGAACAUUAAUUUCGAAAUUGACAAAUUUGUCCAACCUCCGAUGAUGCUGUUGUGUUUCCAGGUGAGCCAAGCUACAAUGGACUAGUCUUAACUGCCAAGACCUCAUUGCACUAUGGAGGUGUGUGUGUAUGAGUGUGUGUGUACAGAAGAGGUGAUGUCUUUGUGUGGUGUCAGAUGUAUGCACUGCCCACUCCUGCUCCCUUCACUCCCAGUCUUCCACUAUUAGCCAAUUGAAGGACACCAUCACCCUGCCUGCCAUUGGUUAGGAUCAUUUGUUUUUAUUUUAUUUGUUAUCUAAAGAAAGACGUAUUCUUUUAAUUUAAUUAUGUAAUUAUUUGUGUUCCAUUUUGUUGUGAUUUUUUGUUAAAUUUGUUAUAAUUUAAGUUGGAUUGUUUUUAUUUGGCAGAUAAUGUAUGUAUGUAAGUAUGUAUGUAUGCAUGUAUGUGUUAGGCACUUGAGACCACUGUGACUGUGUUGUAUUUAAAAGAAAUGUCAUAUGUACAGAGCCUGUCAUUUUUAUUACUGGAA